AUGAAGGUCAAACUAUGCAGUUUUAAUGGAUAUAAAACAUACUCAAGUCAUGGGAAGCACUAUGCCAGCAUUAAUGGGAAUAAGGUCAGUAGGGAUGACCCAGUCAAAUGUGUGUCAGCGUUCCUCUUCAAUGGAAACACUCAACAGAUCACCUGGACUGUCUUGUACAGGCAAAAGUAUGAAAAGGGGCAGUCUGAAGAGAUUCAGAAAAAGCACUCCUGUUGCGCAGUGAAGUUCCAAGCUCUGCCUGGUGCCUCCCUGGCUGAGAUUGUGGCUAAGAGGAGUCAGAGACAUGAGGUGCGCAAGGCUCAACGUGAACAAGCAUGCAGAGCUGCCAAAGAGGCAAAGCAGGCCAAACCUGCAGCAGAGAAAGUCAGUGCCGCUCCAGCUAAGGCUUCUCAGAAUGCAGCGCCCAAACAAACGUUUGCUAAGCCAAUUAAGUCUCAGGUUCCACAUGCUGGUGGAAAAUGCUGUAUAACUGCACCUGUAAAAUAA